GUGUUCAUGAAGGUGGUGACGACAUAUUCCUGAGACAGGCGCUGGAAUUAAACAGGACAUGACUUUGUCAAGUGUAUUUUCAGCUUAAUAUUUGCAUUAUACUUUGAUGAACUGAAGAACUGCCUCUGCUCCAGAAUGUCUGUGCUCAGAGCCAUCAGAUGCAGCGUAAAUCCUCUAGUGUUGUGUAGAAAUCUAAUCGCGCGGUCUUCAUCCAGUCUGACUGAUGGAGAGAUGCGAAUCACACAAGUUUUGAAGGAGAAGUUUCCUCACGCUUCAUCGCUCAAGGUUGUGGAUAUAUCAGGAGGCUGUGGUGCAAUGUACGAAAUACACAUCGAGUCUGAUGAGUUUACAGGAAAGAGAACAGUACAGCAGCACCAGUUAGUCAAUCAGGCUCUCAAAGAUGAAAUUAAAGCCAUGCAUGGUCUACGCAUAUUCACUGAUGUUCCUAGAAAGUAGGAACUGCUCAGCGUCAUUCUCACAUCACGUCAGUCUGCCGUCUCGCUACGAUAUUAUAAUCACACACCUCAGUCUGUCUCACUUUAUAAAGUAAAUUAUGCAGAGUUAUAACAGUGCAUAUAGAUAUGGUUCACAAAUGCUGUAAUACGCACAAAAUAAAAGACUGUCAUAUUUUUUUUGCCUGUAAAAAUGUAAACGAGAGUGUGCAAGACAUGUGUAUGAGUUGAAUCUUCAGUCGUUGUUCAGUACUUUAUUGAUCCCGUUGUUUGUGUACAAUCACACUUGAAGUAGCUUGUUGUCCGAUUUAUUUUCUGUUCUGUCAUUAGGUCAGUUGAUCCAUUAAAUUAUAUCGCAUCCUUU